AUGGCCAAUGAUCGCUAUGUUGGGACUUGGUUAAAUGGGAUGGACGAACGGACAGCGAGAUGGUACCUAAAGGAGGGAAUACCAUGUUUUAUAGUGAGGGAAAUCUCCUCUCGUGAGCGCGCUAAACUCACUGCUCUAGAGACGAUGAUCGACUUCGCUGCUGGAUCCAGCGCAUCUUCGAUUCAUUGGAACGUGAACAAAUACGAUACUCUGGCAAUAGAGCAGGGAGAUUUGUUGAUCACAGACACUACUCGGUCUUUUGACCCCGGAUGGAUCUGGCCUGCCGUAAGGACUGACAACGAGGAGUUGAAGCGUCCGAAGGAAGUAGUCAAUUACGAGCCCCCUCCGCUGACCACGAUAGUUGUCGAUGCUGACAGGAUUCCAUGGAUCAAACCUCCCCCUGUACAGAAAGCAGAACAAUCUCUCCCUGGGGUUCCGUCACAUGAACGUAAGAAAUGGCGGAAGUUCGUCGAGCAGCACCAUCCAGAGAACACCUUCCUUGAGACUUCCCCCAAAAGGAAUCCGGACUACAUGACAUAUACCAGAUUUGAUAGAGAGCGACGAUGGCAGAUCUUAUUCUUGAAACCACUGAAAGCUCCCCCUGGUUGCGUUUCGGACAUUGAUAUUUUUGGUCAGCCAUGUCCUGACGGAACCUACAAGGACAUGGCUCAGAAGCGAAAACGAGUAGGACGUCCUGCUUGGAUUUACAACCGAAUGGAUCCCAAGACCAAUGACUUAAGGAAGGAAGCUCCUGUCCCCAGACCAGAGGACCUUCCCCUCAUUCACGGACCUCCUCUUCCUGCGCCUGGCAGCAAUGGCAACGAUGACGAUGACGACGACUGGUACUACCCCAAUCUUGACUUCGGUGCUCCUGUAGUCCCCAGUGCUCCGGCAGCCCUGAACCUACCACAUGGCGCCCCGCUGCCCUUCGGCGCGAACAUUGCCUUCAUGUGGUCCCCAUCAGGGAACACACUGAGUCCCGUAUUACUACAAGGUAACGGUACAGUCCUGCCCUACCAGAUGCCCCUCUCUGGACCUACUCCAAGCGCACUCCUGCCCUGGCCAGUUGCCGUGGCCUUACCUGUGUCGAGUACUGACCCUGCCCCCUCCAUUCCCGAGCCAUUCACGUCUGCCUCCGCUGCGAUCUCAGAUGACGUGCAGCCUGCCCUCAUGUCCAGAAUGUCCAACAGUCUCGCUGCUAGAAUGCGCGAUCCAGUUCCUUCUAUUCCCUUAUCAUCUCGUCUUUCGGAUCUGUGUGAUUUAUCCUCUCAACUAUCCGACGCCCCUGGGGUUUCACUAGCCGAUAGAUUAGAGGUCCCGGAUCCAUGGACGUGGAACUCCCUUCGUCUUUUGUUCCCAUGA